UGCAAGGCCCCCCACCCCCACCCCCACCCGCCGGCUUCCAGAAGCGAGAGGAAUCCAUUCAAUUCAAACGCAGUCGUCUUCCUCCUCGCCUCCGCCAUCCAAUCCAACAGAAAAUCUACCCAUCUCCUCCCCUCCUCCUCCAGGCUCCAAUGGCGGAGGAACCUUCGCCCUUCGAUGAGGUCCCCGCCUACCUCCUGCACGAGAUCACCCGCACAUCCCCUGCAAGGUCGACCGCCUCCGCGCGCUGGUCGUGAACCGCUCGUGGCGCACGUCGCUCCAGGCGCUCCCGCCACCGCCCCUGCCUCCGCAGCUCCCGUGGCUACUCCGCCCAUCCGCCGGUGGCCCUACCUUCUCCUGCCUUCUCAGCGGCGCCGACGAGCUCAGCGUCCACCGCGUCCGCGUCCCCGCCGACCUGCGCCACGCGCGCUACUUCGGAUCGUACGACGGCGGCUGGCUCUUCCUCGCUUCUCGACAAACUUCCGGCCACAUGCUCUUCAACAUCCGCACCGAGCAAUGCCUCUUCCUUCCCGACACUGUCCCCCGGCCGUGGAGUUCAGAUGACUUCCCCAUGAUCAUGCUCGCCGCCACCGUCUCCUCCCCUCCGAGCCGCGGCACCGACGACCCAUGCAUCGGCGCUGCCAUCGUCCACUGCACGCCUUUCAUCACCGAUUCGCGGCAGAUCACGUUCUGGCGAAUGGGGUCUCACAUGGCCAUCCCGUCCAUCCCUCCGGACCAUCAGUUCGACGUGGUGUCCAACCAGUUCGUCGUGGAGGAGAUGGAGGACGUCAUCUACCACAAGGGAGCCUUCCAUUUCGUCACCAAGCUGAAGAACGUCUUCGUGUGCAGGCUGGCGUUGCAUCAAGCAGACCUGGUAGUAGAUCAUCGGGAGUGGUUGAUGUUCGCGCCACAGGACGACCUCGGCUACCCUCGCCCGGUUGCCACCGCUCGCUACCUCGUGGAGUCUCGCGAGCAGCUGCUCAUGGUCCUCAAGUGCACGUGCAACCUUCCUGGAUGGCCGCCAUUGGUGUUCUCGGUGUUCGAGAUGACGCAUGUUCAGGCUCCAGCCGGGGCGCCUCAGUACGUCUGGACGCCGGUGCCCACGCUGGUUGGCCGGAUGCUGUUCGUUGGACAUGGCUGCUCCAGAUCCUACGAAUUGGCUAACUUCCCAGGCUUUCAGGAGGGCAUCUACUUCUUGGAUGACCUGCAGUUCUAUUCAGUAUCCAGGAUUGUUCAGUACCAGGAGUACCUCUGCUUCGACAAUGGCAAGUACACGUUGGGGCCGCCUCACGUUGCCAGCCGCUGCUUCUGGCCGGAUCAAGUCAACUCGAACUACUCUUCACCGGUUUGGCUUCUCCCUGGAGGUGAAGAUGAUGCCAAUAAUGCUCAAGCUCAAGUUGAUGUUCACAUGAUGUAGAGCUGCUGGAGUGUAUGUUAGUUGCCGAAUUGGGGCUAACCUGUGCUGCAUUUACAUUCUGUUAGUGUUACCUCUUGCUGCUUUGAGAUUUGAGGAUGAGAUAGUUCUUUCUGCUUUGUGAAUUGGGGAUAGGAUUGUUGCUGAUUAGUCUGGUACAGUUACAAUGACACGGUGGAUAUUAGCUGAAAUCACUUGCAAACUCAUUACUGAAUCAAUGUGCUACUUUGAUCUCUGCA